GUUACCACAGCACACCCACCCUGACUGCUCUUUCAUUCUGUUGGAAAGUUGACUGCCAAUCUGUAACUGGAGAACACUCGAGUGCUGGUAGACAACGAGGGGACAGCACCGCACAUCGACACACCCUAAAGUUACCGAUCUAUUUUGACAAAGAACUCCGAGCAAAGAAUUAGUUCAAAUAACCAUAUCGAUCCAGCAUCGGAUAAUUCAGGGAAACUGUUGUUUUAUUUCCUAUUCAGCAGACAUGAAAUCUUGCUUAUGGAUUGCCUUGCUUGUAACUCUUGUUAUAGGGACGAAAACACAAGACUUCGAUCUUUCUGAUGCCUUUGAUUUCGAUGACCCUAUAACUACUAUUCCAAAACAGCCAAAGGAACCUGCAAAGGAUCCCAGUCCAGGAGGAGGAUUUGAUCUAUUCGGUGCUCUUGGUCCAGAAGAGCCUGAGAAACCAGCUGGGAUCCCUCCUAAAGAAGGUGGAACUGAUCCCAAACCUGUAGAUCCCAAACCUGUAGAUCCCAAAAAACCAGCUGAGGAUGGGAUGGGUUUUGACCUGUCUGAUGCCUUUGGUCCAGAUCCCGUACCGGGUAAACCAGCUGUUGUUCCACCGAAAGAUGGAGGCACCGGUGGCGGGUCCUUCGGAGACAAUGACCUGUUUGAUUUUAGCGAUAACGAUAACUACAAGCCUGAUCCCGGCAAGGGAGGUGGAGCACGUGCAGCUGACCCAGCGCCCUCAGAUCCCAAUGGAGGAGGUGGUGCUCCUGCAGACCAACCUCAAGGUGAAGAAGCUGGAUCUGGUCAGAUCGCUGCCAUAGUGAGUGGAAUAGGAGUGGCCCUCCUUGGUGCUGCCUCCAGCUACUUUGCCUACCAAAAGAAGAAACUGUGUUUCAAGGUUCAGGGAGGUGAAGAUCCAGAAAGUGGAAAGAACGCACAUGGAGCACAGUCUGAUCCCCAAGAUUAGGGCAAGGGAACCCUCUGGAAAAAGUGAUGAGCAACUUGCUCAGGUCAUCCUAACUUCGAUCAGGUCAUCAUAGAGGAACCUCACCUAUAGCAAAGAAACACCUUCCAUCAUCGGGUGUCAACUGUCUGCUGGGGGCAUCAGUGGGCAAAAAAAUACAAUUUAAAAAAUAUAGAUUUUUUUUCUCAUUUGUCUUUCAUUUGGAAUUUAACUUUUGGAGAAUGUUAGUUGUAUGUUGUUGGUUUUUUGUUGUUGCCUUAUCGAGCUGUGUAAAGACACUUAGAUAGAUUUACAACUUGAAUACUUGUGUUGUUUUUUUUGCAGUGAAUAUGUAUUGACCAUUUUCAUUGUAUAUUGUUCAGUACCAAACAAUUGUCUUUCAACAUGCUUGGUGUGAUUUUUCAUCACUGGCCAUUUACAUUUUCAUUUCAUACUUUAGUAGGCCUGGCUAGUAUCUAUGACUGCAUUGUACAUUUGACUGUGUUUACAACUAAACAAGUGCUCACGUUGCACAUGGCUUUUUGUUGUAUUUGUUUUACUUUACCUGCCUCCAAGCAUAUUAACUUCUUUCAUCAAAUGUCAGCGCUCGUUUUAAAACAUAACCCAGGCGAGUCUGUAGUUACACCCAUUAAAACAAACCAUGCACACAGAGGAUACUUUUAUAACAUGGCACACUCAUGUAAUUAUUCAUUGGAUUCUAAUGUAAUAGAAGGAAUUAGAACUUUUUUUUUUUAUAGAUGAAGGUAUAAUGAGAGAGAGAAAAAAAGUGCCUUAAGAGAAAAGGGAUUAUUUGGGUGGAUAUAAAAAGAAUGUGUAGGCUACUAUUUGGAAUGAGGAAUGGUUUCAAGCUGAACCUUUAGCUGCAUCACGUCUUCUGUAAGUUCGUUGUUCUGGGGCGCAAGCCACUCGCUAGUGUUUAUGUGAGGAAAGCUACCAUAAACGCACAUGGUAAAUCGACAUAGAUGUUGUUGUUUUUAAAAAAAAAAUGCAUUGUGCAUGUUUAUUUGCAAAACAACAUUUAUACUGAGAAGUGGUUAUUGUAUGUUUUUAAGUUAUACUUGUUUAAGAUUUGUAUGUGUGAUUGCUUGAUUUCUGACGCAAUUACAGAUAAGAAUAGAAAUUGAUACCUGGGUUUGAUACCAAACUAGUAAAUCAGCAUAUUCUACCAUGUCACUUGUGCUGUAAAUACUAAUGAAGAAUGUGUAUAAAAGCCCCUCUGCUUUUUUGCUGUGUGAUAUAGUCCCUUCUUUUUUUUGUUCUCCUUUAACUUUCAGUACAUGUCAUUAAAACCUUUUGAGUAACUGCAACUGAAGAAGUGUUACUGCUUGUUCUUUACCAAUGCAGGAAAUCAUUUGUUGGCUGAGUUGAUCGUAGUUAGUUGUGUUGUGUGUUUUGAAGGAGUUUGAUUCCGUCUCUGAAAGACAAUGGAGUGCCGUUGGUAAUGCACCUUAUUGUUAUCAAUAAAGUUAACUUUUUUUUUAAUUUA